UAUAUAAGAGAGCUCACACACUCUGCCUAUCACUGAAACCUGCUACACAUCUUCCUCGAAGAGAUUUUACACCUGUUUUCUGCAAACAGCUUUUUUUCUCGCUUUAAAAAGCUACACCAUGUCUUACCUGGCACCUAUCCUUGAAAUUGGUGGAGGCGGAGGUAGCGCCUUCAACUUCAAUGGCAUUGACUGCGGAGCAACACUGGAAAAGAUGGGUGUGUGGGCAGGAGGCUGGCAGAUAAAGGCCAUCAAGAUUUGGCUCACCAAUGGCCAGUCCAUGCAGUAUGGAAAUCCUGGUGAUGGGCCUUAUUCUGAAUACACAUUUAAACCAGGAGAACAAAUCACCUCUCUUUCACUGUGGGGGAACGGAGCUGGAACCCGUCUAGGUGCCAUCAAGUUUACGACAACACUUGGCGGUACCUUUUUUCCAAAGAUGACCUCAUGGGGCCUUAAAACAGAGUAUCCAGUUGAUAUCGGCUCUGGCAUCUGCAUGGGAGUCAUUGGACGCUCAGGCUCAGACAUCGACUGCUUAGGGUUCAUAUUCAUCAACACCAUCAAGUCCACUGUCCUUACCAAUGUCAAUUAUCCCACCCUUCAUAACAUCAUUCCUCAGGUGGCUGUUGAGGAGCUCAAAUCCAUGACUUACCAUAAUGACACCACUGUUGAUCAGCAGUAUACUCUAGAAACUACAAAGAAAAUCAUCAAAAUGUCCUCCUGGUCUGUGACCAACAAGAUAGAAUCGACCUUCAACAUGUCAGUGAGAGCAGGAAUUCCAGAAGUGGCAGAAAUUGAGAGUGGAUUCAGCCUCACAGUGGGAGUCGAAUCUACAUACUCUUUAGAGUAUUCCGAAGAAAACGAGGAGAAGUUUUCUUUCCCUGUUCAAGUCCCUCAUGGAAAAACAGUGGAUGCGAAGAUGACCAUCGGCCGGGCUGUUGUAGAUCUUCCAUAUACUGGUACGGUGAAGAUCACCUGUUAUAAUGAUUCUGUGCUGAAGUUCAACAUCAGUGGAGUCUACAACGGCCUCACUUACACCACUGCAGAUAUACAAGUAAAAGAACAUGAUGAAGCCUAGUUAGGCUUCCCCAGCAACUUAAAGAGAUUCACAUGAGGGAAAAAUCUGAAUAGUUAAGCUCUUUCUUUUCUGUCUGAUACAUUCUUCUCUAUACUAUAACACUUUUCUCCUUUUUCUAUGCUAGAUUGAUCGGUGUGGGCUGUUGCUUGAUUGCUCAGAAUAUAUCGUUAGCAAUUUAUUAGAAUGAUGUAUAACCAUAAUAUCAGAAAGCAAGCAGGCAAAAUAAGGCAAAAAGCUUUCCAUUCUUUUUAAGCAUUUCUUUGCAGUGAAACUUUGAUUUAUUAGUGUUGAUUACUUAUUGGUUCAUUGGUUCUUCAUGAAUUUCACGUUAUGGAUGUAUUACAUGAUGUGUAUGUGACUUUACAUUCCCAAGUAACUUUACAGCAAGAUUGUGCUCAAUAAAAUGAGAUUUUCAAUUUGA